GAAAAAUUGUCAAGGAAAUUGGAGAUAAAUAAGAGCUGUAGAAGAAGCUUUCUUUAAUCAAGCGUCAGAGACAAUAUACUUUGCAGAGUAUAGAAGACACGUUAUUCACAAUUCAAGGGUGGGAACAGACUGCACAAGCAAAUAAAUACCUCCUUCAGGCCAAUUAUGUACCAUCACCACCAUCAAGGAAGGAGUAUGCACCCUUCCACAAGGAUGUCGGUUCCUCCUGAAAGGCAUUUGUUCCUGCAAGAUGGGAACGUCCAUGGAGGAGAUUCAGGACUCGUUCUUUCAACAGAUGCCAAGCCAAGAUUGAAGUGGACUGCAGACCUCCAUGAGCGGUUUAUAGAAGCAGUAAAUCAACUUGGUGGAGCUGACAAAGCCACUCCAAAGUCAGUUUUGAAGCUAAUGGGAAUUCAGGGGUUAACCUUAUACCACUUAAAGAGUCAUCUUCAGAAAUACAGACUCAGUAAGAAUCUUCACCUGCAAGCCAAUAGCGGGUCCAAUAAAACAACAACCGAAGGGUCAGGAACAGACAAGAUAUAUGAGGCAAAUGGAAAUCAUAUGAAUAUGAAUAAUUCAAACACCGUGCCCCAAACAAACAAAAACGUGCACAUAAGUGAAGCAAUACAAAUGCAAAUUGAAGUGCAAAGAAGGCUACAUGAGCAGCUUGAGGUACAACGACAUUUACAGCUUAGGAUAGAGGCUCAAGGAAAAUACCUACAGGCGGUCCUGGAGAAGGCACAAGAAACCCUAGGGAGACAGAACUUGGGAACAAUGGGCCUAGAGGCAGCCAGGGUUCAGAUAUCAGAGUUAGUAUCCAAAGUAUCCAACCAAUGCCUGAACUCAACAUUUUCAGAGAUGAAAGAAGUACCGGGAUUGGGCCCACAGCAAGCACGAACAACGCAACCAACCGAUUGUUCACUGGAUAGCUGCCUGACCUCCUGUGAAGGGCCUUCAAGGGAGCAUGAAAUGCACAAUAGCCAGAUAGGAUUAGGAUCCCUAAACUUGAGAGCAUAUAUGGAUCCCAAGGAGAUGGACAAUGAGACGAGGCGACAGCAGAGCGAAGUGAGAUGGAGCGAUGAGCUCAAAGAGACCGGGAAGUUCCUUUCUGGAAUGGGGGAGGAUCUGGAAAAAGCAGUUGACAAGGAAACGAAGUGCAGCGACUUAUCGAUGAGCAUUGGACUUGAAGGAGGGCGAUGGAAUAGCAAGAAGAGCUACGAAUUCACCGGAGCAGAUGGAGACGCCAAGCUCUAUUCCCGGCCUGCUGAUAGAAGUGAUUCAGGUAAAACAGAGAAGCAGAAGAUGGCACAAGAAUACAAACUCCCAUACUUUGGACCAAAACUGGACCUCAACACAGAAGAUGAAACCGAUGUUGCUUCCAGUUGCAAGCAAUUCGACUUGAAUGGCUUCAGUUGGAGCUGAGAGGCCGGCCACAUUUCCAGGAAAAUGAAUUUGAAUUGGAAUUGGAAAACCAUAGACCAGGUAGAUGGUUUCGAGUUUUCUGUAGGAAGAAACCUUGACUCACAAUAAUGUAUUGCAAUACUAUUACAGCAUUUGACAUACACGAAUUCUAGAUCAUCAAAAUUCUAAAGCCGCCAGAUUUGCGAUGUAGCUGUCUGUGCUCUAAUUCCAGAAAAUAAUCUCACGUUAUUUUUAUAUAA